UGGAAGUGUCGACAAUGAGACAGUGACAUGGGUUUAAGUUAUAGAAAUCUUCAUUUGGGCAUGCGUACAUACAUCCAUACAAUGUGUAUAUGUAUGUAUGGUACUUACUACAUGUAAUAGGUAGUUUUUGGUUCCAGUUGCGCUUUCGUUCACGCUAUAAUACAAGAAGCACAAUGUCUUUAAACUUCUUCGGUACUCAGUGGUGGAGGCUUCACAAUUCAACGUGCCACUUUUAAUACCAUUUUCGACAGUGCAACAGAGGAGAACGGAACGGUCUUGCUUAAAUUUAUGGUGUAUUUCGCGACUUCGGGAAAGUGCCGAAAUCAAAGACUUUUUAUUUUAAUUAAUAAUAAAAUAACAAUAAUUUCACAAAACCAAAAGUCCGGGCGUGCAUAACGAAAUGCUUAUGCCUUCUAAAAUGAAAACUAAAAAGAAAUAUCCUGUGCCAUUUUUAAAAGCAGUAUUGUUAUUUCUUUAUGUGAUCCUACUAAGCAAAUGUGAAGAUGUUAUUGCACAACCCUACAAACAACAAAGGUGUUCGAGUCGCUUAGAAAAUGCCUUAGAGCACAUGCGUCGCCGUAGCAUACCAGCGAAAAGCUCAAGAUCAUUCUCUGGUGAAACUCCAUACACACUCUAUCAAACAUUCUACGGUCAAAAUAGUGAACCAGAAGAUGACUUUUACUCUGGUGGUGAUCGAGGUUAUUAUGCAAAAAAUAUUCAGCGCCAACCUCAAAGCGAGUCGCCGGCAUACAUGGGCAGAUUCAAUAAUUUGUUCUCCACAGACUACUCGUAUAAUAGAAGGCAACCACAUAAAUUAGCUGCCGUCUCCAGUGUAGACGUUGAGGAUUUGAGAGUGCGUCUGCCGUCGAAAUCGACUAGUGCGCGUUGGGUUGAGGUAGAUAAAUGCAGAUUCAGUACACAAAACUCAACACUGGACACCCGUCUCAUAUUCCCCGAUUUGACAAUUAGUGGCAAAGUAGUACUACAACCAACUGGUGGUAAAUGUCACAUGAUUUUACGCUUACGUCGAGCCGGUAUUGAAUUUCGUACCAUUCCCAUUGGUUUUGAAAAUGUCGCAAAUGAGGAAUCGCGCCGAAUUGGUGCCGCUUCGGUGCGCACGGAUUCUCAUUUCGCUGAACCUGGUUUUAUAUCAGUUUUUGCUCACGGAUGUCAGGGUCCUUCCGGUGUGAGAUUGCGGCAAAAUUCAAAGCGUCGAUUUGGUUUUGAAAGUGAAACUGGCACUCAGGGAACAGUGAAACCACCAGCUGUAGAACUCUCCGAGCCUCAUGUGGUAUUGGGUACUGCCGCUACGCAAACACAAGCAUCUGGAAAUCGUUGGCGUAAAUAUUACAAUCCCUAUGCGUAUGAUAUACGAAGUGAGAAGUACCAAAAAACAAAUCGCCGGAGUCACGACCGUCACUGGCGCGAAAAUGAACAGUCUAAUGAAAAUGUAUUCUAUGAUACACGUGAUAAUGAGAAUUUGGAUCGUGCGCAGUUCCGCGAAAAACGCGAGAGUAAUCAAUUUCGGCCAGAAAUGAGUAAAACCGAUUGGAGAGAUGAGUUCAGUUUCAAUGAUGACAUACUCAGCAUAUCCGAUGACUUGCAAGACUUAAUAGCUCCAGAUGCUAGAGCUUUUGCAGAUCUUUUCAGCGAUGACUUCGAGCGAGAAAAUGUGCGCGAUCGAGAUGAGGUGGGUGACGCUUUCUCAAGUGAAUUGGAGAAGAUUUUUUCAAUGGGUGUACGAGGCUUAUUAACUACAUAUAUGCAACGGGCACUUCAACCUGCUAUUAAGGAAACAUUAAUGGAAAAUAUGGGUUACACCUUGAGUUAUGGCUGAGUGGAGGAAGUGAGAAAUAGAAAUGUAUUUUAACAUUACUAUGGUUCUUAGUUUGUACUUAAUUGAUAUUGUUUAAAAAAAAAAUAUAUUUAUAUAAAUUUUAACAUCGUUAUAAAUGUUCUCAUAGUUUUUAAUAGUAUCUAACAAUAAUAAACUCUUCCUGUUCUCUUUAUUAGGAAGAAUUAAUAGUUUAUUUCUUAAAUGGCUGACAAUGAGUGAGCUAGAUCUAUUUUUUUAAGAAAUAUGACAUUUUUUUUAAGAGUAAACAAAAUAUAGGUAAAUAUUACUUUUAAAAAAUUCACAAUCUGCUAUAGGUGUUACUCUAUUAACUUAUUAAAAUGCACAAAAGAAUAAAGUCCAUAGUUCGAUUUUUUAGAGAAAUUAGAGACACGUUGUUUACAUUUUUCCAGCACUUAGUAUUUGAAAAUCUUAUUUAUACUUUGCACUCUUAGCCGCCAAAUUUUAUGUACGCAAAUCAAGUUUAAAUAAGAUAAGCAUUUUUCUUUUAAAUGUAUGUAAGCUUUAAUAAUGUGUGUAUGUAUUUAUUUUAUUAUGAAAAAUAUGUAUUUAUUUAUAAGUCUUUUAUAAGGAAAUUUGUAUUUAGUUUCUCGAGAUUUCUGUAUAAAUAACAAAUAAUAAAUAAAGUAAAGUAACCGUUGAUAAUAAUGAUAUGAAUAUUGGGUCUAAAACUAUAUUCGUACGGCGUGUCAAGAGAUGGCGUAAGUUGAUUAGUAUUCCAUUAUUCCAAUAUUCCGAACAUGUGAAAGCUACUGUCUUUGUGCGUCUUUUUCAGCAAGUAUAUUCGUAUGUCGGAACGGUAGUCGCAACAACUCAAGAAAUUGCAGCGACCGUUGAAAAACUAUUUGCGAAAUAGAGGUUGGGAAGUUUUGCCUCACUUGCCUUACAGCCCAAUCCUUGCAACUUAUGACUACCAU